UUCCUGUCAAAUCGGUGUUGCAACGUCAGUGUGACCGCUGCGCGCGGUUCAAGAUGCCUCAGCAGACCCGUCCGAGGCACUUUGGAUGGACUCGCUACUAGGGAGCAUCUGUUGAAAAAGCAUCCCCAUGUGGAAAUGGGACAUUUCUCGCACGAGAAUAUUUGCAGCUGUUGUACCAGCUCUAAGAAUCUCCCAUCCUGUCCCCGUACUAAAUUACCUUGUGCAUGUUCAUCAUACGAAGAGAAAAUCAAAGCUAAACCAAAAUGCGUGUAUAAAACUACAGUGGAGACGUGGAAACCCGGACCUCUUAGAGUAACUUGCCCUAGGUGCAAAUACGUUGAUCGUCCCUGUGUACGUCAAAAACGAAAUAGAGUAGCUUAUUCACCAAUAGGGGCUUUAUGUUUAUUAGUGUGUUGGCCUGUAUGUUUUCUACCAUUCCUCAUGUCUGAAGGUAGCCAAAUUCAGUUGUUUUGUAAGAGAUGUGGAGCCUUUUUAGGAGAAUACGACAGAAAAACUGGACAAAUGCGCUGUCCAUGUCCAGCCGAUCCCCAUUACAACCUCAGCAGUGUACCAUCCAUCUGCUAGUUCCUACGUCCAUUUUACCUCGAUAUCCCCUUACUUGAAGCGUCCCACAAUAGCUCUGACUUCUCCUACACGGUUCUACAAAACUCUGAGCAGCGUACCACCUAUUAGUUAGUUCCUGUGUUCGGUUUACCGUGCUCUCCACUACUUUAGGCGUCCCACUUUAGCCCCAGCAUCCCCCAACACACGGUUCGUUUGUUUCUGACCGCGACGCUGGUCCAUCUCGGGGCGUCGGGACGACGCGUUGUCAGUCAGCGAUCGGCGUCCGAGGCGUCGCGAACAAAUGAACGGCGGUUGGGCGCGAAAAAAGCGGGAAUUUUGAAUUGUCGCGAAAUGUCGCGAGUGUGAAAAUUAAUACUGGGUGAUUUUUCGUUGGAUUUUUCUUUUGUGUCGUGUGAGGAAUGUUGUAAAGGAGUUUAGUAAAUAAAAGGAACUGUUAUUGAAAGAGAA